AUGCAAGACAACACCUGUGGCAACUGCGGCAUCAAAGGGCACUACAUCGAACUCUGCGAAGGGCCCCUAGUAGAAGGUUUCAUCGACGCCUGUCCCUUCUGCAAUACCAACAAGCACAACCUCAUCACCUGUCCGAAGUCCAUUUCCGCCGAACAUGCGGUUCGACUGCAGAUCUACUGCCGGACUCGUCGAGCGCCUCUCAAUAUGCCAUUUGAUCCGUGGGAGGUUGAUCGAUAUGCGUUUUUGGAGAUGCUGCAGCGUGGGACGCUUCCACUAAGUGGGAAAUUGGCGAUGGAGAUUUGGAGGGGGAUGGGGUUUCCGAUGGGGGUGUGGGGGAUUAGUGAGGGGGAGAGACAGAGGGAUCCGAAGUGGUGAGCGCUUUUGUGGUAAUGAAACUGGGGUGGGAAUGUGCUUAUGUGUUUUAGGGAUGCGAUUAAGAAUUGUACGAUGAAGUAUCUGGCUAGACAGAGUGAUGAGUGGUUUGCGUACCUUUUCGGUAAACAGUUUUCUAGACCGGAAGGCUAUCUUAGGUGGGAUAAGGAAGAGAUGAAGCAAAAGCUUGGUAUCAAACCGGCGUCUUUUGAAAUCGAAGACCAGAAUCCUCUGGGUACAGAUAAUAGCCCUCCCGUAAACGCAGCAGGAGAGAGAAACCAAGACACUACGACUGCAGCCACGGGACAAGCCCAGAAACACACCAAAGGAGCAGCUACUGUCGCUCCAAAAUCUUCUCAACAGAAUAGCCAACAGAAUAACGGUGAGUCAGGAGGAAACAAACAAAUAUCCAAAGCAAGCAUAACAAUAAACAUCCACGAUAGCCUCUUAAUCCAAGCCAUCGACAGAGUAGCUCAUGCCGCUGAUCUGGGUGUCAACGUCGACCUCCUACGUCAAGCCUGUAACAUAGUGGACGGAGCUUUCGCCCUAGGUAUCGAUGUCCCAGUAAUUUUCGCAGAAGCACAAAAGCGAGCUCGAGAAGACUCAAAGUCUGUGGAGAACCAGUUGCCAUCUAGAAGACCCAAGCACUCAACUGAGAAUCGAGAGCAUGCUGAAAACUCGAGACCGCAAGUCUCAAGCCAAGCAGUUGAGCACUUUGAUGUAUCGGUAGUUACACACUCUCCGGAACUUGGAGACGGUGCAAGACCUAUAUCUCUUGAUAGUCCACCAGAUGAGACUGGGAAUCUACCAAGUGGUCAUAUCACCUCCGAUAUCGACGGUGGAGUGCAGCUUCGAAGCCCGAUAGCAAAGUUGCAAGACGGGUUUCAUUUCAAGCCUCAAGGAAGUCAGGUCACUAACUCUUCAAGUGGACAAGAUGAGCAGAGUGCCAGAAGUCGCAAUCUCACACAGCUGCAAGAUAGCAUUGCCGAAGCACAUCAAAGAGUCAAUGAUUGGCACAAGGAGAAUGCUGUCAGCCGAGAUCAGAAUCCCACUCGACCACGAGACAACUCAGUAAAACCACGAUCUACACCAAGUACUCAGCUCAAGAGUAACAAUGGUGAUGCCGCCAGUGGUUCUAGCUUUCUCCAGCCACAAGGUAAAUUUGAUGCAGCGCAACGGGGAGGGGGUAACAAGUCGAUGAACAAAAACGCCAAACAAGGUCAAUUUGUCGCCCAUCCACAAGACAAAUCAACGGAACUGCGACCUGAAGCUCAUUUGCAGCCGAAGAACACGGAGAGCAACACCGAUGGCGGCGAUAGAAGUCACAGUCCUAUCCUUCCAACGGUUGAACUAAACGAGCUGCUAUCCAACCCCCCAACUCAGCCCCACUACAAUAACCACAACCACAACCACAACCGCAACCACAACACUAACAAACAACACUAA